AUGGGGGCUAAUGAAGAGGAGGAGGAAGUAGACACACAGUCGGUCAUAGAAGCCAUUAACAUUAAUGACUUUGAGGAGGAGGAGGCUGAUGAAGAAAUAGGCGUACAGUCGGCCAUAGAUAUAGAAGUCAUUAAUCUUAUCAGUGAAGAGGAGGAGGAGGCGGAAAUGGAAGAGUCUGAAGAAGAAGAAGAGGAGAAUGCGGAAAUGGAAGAGUCUGAAGAAGAAGAAGAGGAGGAGGAGGCUGUAAAUGAGAGGGAGGUGGAAAUGAAGGAGUCUGAAGAAGAGGGAUUUCAUAUGAUAUGGGAUGGAGUACAAAAGGUGCAGGACGAAAUUAUGAGUUCGAAUGGCUUUGGAGCUAUUAUUGGAAAAGCGAGCGGCAUGGUUUUGGAUUAUUCGACAUGCAAUAGAAAAUACAAGAAAUGUGAUACAAACAGUAAAGUACCAGAUCAUGAUUGUCAUAAAAAUUUCGAUGGUUCUGCCAAAGCAAUGGAACCCUAUGUAGUCAAAAAACUUGUAGUCGAUAGUUCUAUACUUAAGUCUCAGAAUGUUGAGGUUGGAGUUUUAAUAGGAGAUAGCUCUACUAUUACAGCAUGCCGAGCUGCAAGCGAUCAUCCCAUUAUCAAACAGUCAGAUACCAAUCACACUGCAGGUGGAAUGAAAAAACGAUUAUACGGUAUUCAGAAGAACCAUAAAGAGCUAACGAAAAAUUGUAUCACAUAUCUCCACAGAUGCUUCACGUACGUUAUGGCGCAGAGGGAUGUUGAAGAUCAAUUGGCUCGUUGGAUUGAGAGGCUACAACGUUAUGAUUUUGAGAUUCAUCAUCGUAAAGAUUUGUGUCAUGGAAAUGCAGAUGGUCUUUCAAGACGUCCAUUUAAUGCAGUUAAUGCAGCUGUGGUGCAUCAGCUGGUAGUCUUCACUUCAUCAUCAACUCAGAAGUCCACUUUGCUUACGGCAGUGGAGUUCGAGAAACAUUAUGAAAUGGAUGUGACAGAAGAGGACAACGAUGAGAACGCCAUUAUUCUGUUGGAUUUGAAAACCUCGGGCUUCGAAAUGAAUUGUGAUAUUUUACAGAUUGGUGCGAAAUAUAACAAAAAUAGUUUUUCGAUUUAUGUUAAUCCCGUACGAGAUAUUUCCGAGAAUGCCACUCGUGUCAAUGGGUUUACGACUAACUAUGGAGAAUUGCUGUACCAUGGAACAAAAGUUUAA